CUUGCUACUUAUUUUCCCCAAUAUUAAACCUUGGGGGAGGGAUCCUUGACUGCUGUCGCACAACUACGGUAGACUACAGGCUGCACUUUCUGACUUGCACUGUUUGAGUUUGGUAGGCAGCAGAGGGUCUACACGAGGAUACUCAAAAAUAGACUUCAAAGGCGAUUAUGUAUGACGGACACUGACGGAGGGGCUCUGCGGGACUGUAGGUAAAGAUGAGGAUUCCUCCGGUGUGGGCGCUGGGCGCUUGCCAAACUGGAUGAAGUGAGAACUGAGAGGGAAAUCCGCUGAGAGAAAACACCACCUGGGACUGCUGAGGAGGACCUCUGUGUAGGUUCACACGGUCGUCAGCAGCGUGGAGCUUCCUGACCCAUGGAGAAUUACUUCCAGGCCGAGGCCUUCAACCUGGACAAGGUGCUUGACGAGUUUGAGCAGAACGAAGAUGAGACAGACAAUCCCAUUCUCUCGGAUGCUAAGUGGACCCAGAUCCUGGCCCCGCCAGCCCACCUGCUCUCUCUGAACCCAGCCCUGGCCCACGCAGACCUCAGUCCCCAGGAGAGUCCACUGGCCUUCAAAACCCUCCCCGACUCCUCCUCCAGUGCCUCUACGGGGGUCGACCCUAAAAGACAUCCCGGUCCCGAACCUCCAUCUUGGUUAGAGGAGCGGCCGGCAGACGUCCAUAGCCCACCCCUCCCCCAGCCCAACAUUGGCAAACUGGUGGGCACAGACGACCUCUCGCCGCCCCCUGUGACGGCCUGUACUGCUGUGGAGAAUGGCUGCCCUUCCAGCCCUGCAAGCCCACAACUGGAUGGGCUCAGCAAGGAUAUAAAUUCUCCUCCAGAUAACCAGCCUGGUGCUUCUGACCAGGAGGCUAAACCUCAUCAGGAGGAGAGAUCCGCCUCAGCAGGAGGAGGAGGAAGCUCCACUGUCAGUUCCACUCACUUUACCUUUGAGGUUGGAUUAGGACACGAAGAAGAAACUGUGGAACCAACAACACAAAAUGGGGAAGGUGUCAAAGAGGGGGCUAGUACAGCUGUUUUACAGGACAAUGGUCAAGAAAAACAAACUGCAAACUUAAAAGAGGAGCAGGUAGAAAGUCUCUUGAAUAGGGGGAGAUAUGUUCAGGUUGGUUGUGAAGUGGAUGAGAAUGGUGUAUCUCCUCCUGACUGGGUCGGAGUAGAGGAGAAGGAGAGGAGAUGUGGUCCAGAGGGACAGAUAGACCAACUCCUCAGAAUAAUAAGCCUUCCCAAUGGUUUGGAGCAGGAGAACAGUAACCAUUCUAAACUCAAAGAGACAGAGGAGGAGAAGGAGGAGGAGGAGGAGGGCUUUUCUCCCUCUCCUGUCCCCUCCAAAGAGGACUCUGUCACUGAAGAGAAAGAAAUGGAGGAAAGCAAGCAAGAGAGCAGCGAUGGAGGAGCAGUGGGGUCAGGUAGCAUCCAACCAAAACUCAACAACAAACGGCUGCAGCCGGUCAGUGUUCCCUACGGAGGGGCACGACCAAAGCAGCCGGUCAGCCUCAAGCUCCAAAUCCCACAGCCGCUGUCGGGCCAGGUACAAAAUCAGCUCGGCCCGUCCGCCAUCAGCAGGAACAAAAACCAGGAGAACCAGUGUCGGAGAGGCACACCCUCUGAAACUACACCAAGUGGGACUGAUCAGACUGCAGUCGGGGUGAACGGAGAUGGUAUUGUCCACUCUCUUCCCCUAAUGCCUUCAGAGAGCCCAGACAAUGACCUCCAAGCAGGCCAACUGGGCACUCUGUGCAGGAAACCUGCCAGCUCCCUGGGGGAGGUUGCCCCUGUGUGGGUGCCUGACUCCCAGGCUCCUGUCUGUAUGAAAUGUGAUGUCAAGUUCACCUUCACCAAGAGGAGGCACCACUGCAGGGCCUGUGGCAAGGUGUUCUGUGCGACGUGCUGCAGCCUGAAGUGCAGGCUCAUGUACAUGGACAGGAAGGAGGCUCGCGUCUGUGUCACCUGUCAUUCUGCUCUGACGAGUGCUCAAUCAUGGGAGACAACAGCCACAGGAAGCAACCAGAGUCCGAACCCCAACAACCCAGCGGAGUACUGCUCCACCAUCCCCCCUCUGCAGCAGGCCCAGGCCUCUGGAGUGCUCAGCUCCCCUCCUCCUACCGUCAUGGUGCCCGUGGGAGUCCUGAAACAGGCUGGCAAUGAGGGGUCUCUGACACGGGAGCAGAGGAGGGUGUGGUUUUCUGAUGGGUUGCUACCUAACGGAGACACAUCAGAGUCCCCCAAACCUCCAACCUCCAGCCCAGCCCCCUCCCAGUCACUGGCCAUCUCAGCUUAUUCAAACAAAUCCUCCACUUCUGAAUCCUCAGAGGCAGUCCAUACCCCUGUCGCCCCGGUGGGCAGCCCCGUGGGUAGCUCCCUCAGUCUGAUCCCGGAGGACGGGCUCCCUCCCAUCCUCAUCUCCACCGGAGUCAAAGGAGGUACGGGAGGCCACAUCACAGACUAUGCAGUGGAGGAGAGGCCGUCAGAGAUCGUCCUCAUGCAGCAGCUGGAGGAGGGAGGCCCAGACCCCCUGGUCUUCGUGCUCAAUGCUAAUCUGCUCGCCAUGGUCAAGCUAGUCAACUAUGUAAACAGGAAGUGUUGGUACUUGACAACAAAGGGCAUGCAUGCUGUUGGCCAGGCAGAGGUGGUCAUUCUGCUCCAGUGUCUGCCUGAUGAGAAGACCAUCCCGAAAGACAUCUUCACUCACUUUGUGCAGCUCUACCAGGAGGCCCUCAGUGGCAACGUGCUGAGCCACCUGAGUCACUCAUUCUUCAUGCAGAGCUUCCUGGGCAGUAAGGAGCACGGCGGCUUCCUCUACAUCAGCCCCUCCUUCCAAUCGCUGCAGGACCUGCUGCUGCCCAACCCUCCCUACCUCUUCGGCAUCCUGAUACAGAAGUGGGAAACGCCCUGGGCCAAGGUCUUCCCCAUCCGCCUCAUGCUGCGGCUGGGCGCAGAGUACCGAUUUUAUCCGUGUCCGCUGUUCAGUGUUCGCUUCAGAAAACCCCUCUUCGGAGAGACCGGUCACACUAUCAUGAAUCUGCUCGCAGACUUCCGUAACUACCAGUACACGCUACCGGUGGUAAAAGGUCUGGUUGUGGACAUGGAGGUGAGAAAGACGAGCAUUAAGAUCCCCAGUAAUCGUUACAAUGAGCUGAUGAAGGCCAUGAACAAGUCCAACGAACACGUGCUGGCCAUGGGAGCGUGUUUCAACGACCGGGCCGACUCCCACCUGGUGUGUGUCCAGAACGAUGAUGGGAACUACCAGACGCAGGCCAUCAGCAUCCAUCACCAGCCUCGCAAAGUUACUGGAGCCUGCUUCUUUGUGUUCAGUGGUGCUUUGAAAGCCUCGUCGGGUUUCUUAGCCAAGACCAGCAUUGUGGAAGACGGUGUGAUGAUCCAGAUCACAGCUGAGACCAUGGACUGUCUACGCCAAGCCCUGAGGGACAUGAAGGACUUCAGCAUCACGUGCGGUAAAGCGGACCAGGAGGAGAACCAGGAGCUCGUCCACAUCCAAUGGACAGAGGACGACCACAACUUCAACAAGGGUGUCAUCAGUCCGAUCGAUGGGAAGUCUAUGGAGUCCAUCACCAGCGUCAAGAUCUUUCAUGGCUCGGAGUUUAAAGCCAACGGAAAAGUCAUCCGCUGGACAGAGGUGUUUUUCCUCCAGAGUGAAGAUCAACCCAACGGUCUGAGCGACCCGGCCGACCACAGCCGGCUGACGGAGAACGUGGCGAGAGCUUUCUGCAUGGCGCUCUGUCCACACCUGAAGCUGCUGAAGGAGGACGGCAUGGCCAAACUGGGACUAAGGGUUACACUGGACUCGGACCAGGUGGGUUACCUGGCGGGAAGUAACGGCCAGCCUCUCCUGCCUCAGUACCUGAGCGACCUGGACAGCGCUCUGAUCCCCGUCAUCCACGGCGGGGCGUGUCAGCUGAGCGAGGGCCCGGUGGUCAUGGAGCUGGUCUUCUACAUCCUGGAGAUCAUCUCCUAGGAGUCUUCGGAGCUUCAACUCGAAAACAUCUUUUACUUUCUGACGCCAUCUCACGGCCCGGUCCUCCAUCGUCUCCCUUCAACCGUUUGCACUUCAAAAGAGCCCGAAAACUGUGGCGUGCCAGGCGGGGUAGCACUCCUCAAGUCAAACCUAUGCAUCCAACCGCCAUCUGUUGCUCCAGAGGCGGCCGGGGCCAGAGGAGGCUCCGAGCAGGAUCAUCGGUCUGUGUGCUGUGUACCUGAAGCUCAGCCGACAGCUACUCCUGAUCUCUGGUGGUCAUCCGUGGUGCUCCGAGCAGGAAAUGAACACCAGAGAUCAUACUGUCUGACCCCAGUAUAGUGUUACAGUGCCUAUAAAAAGCGUUACGCCCCCCUUUGACAACAUUAAUUCAAAGUAGAUUUGAUUGAAGACCCUCUCUACUGAUCUCUACAAAGUCCUAUGAAUUAAUUAUAAAUAUAAAACACAAAAUACAUGUUUGCACAAGUAUUUACCCCCCUUAAUAGGGCACACCUAAAUCAUUACACACCACAGUGAGCCCUAAAUAUAUACAGCAGUAUGUAUCCAUUAUGUAAAGCAUCUCUGCUCUGCUACAGGUCUGCACCGCGCUGAGAUUUUAUGCUACUGAAAGGUUUUUUGUAUUGUUACCCUCUUACUACACGCUGAACUAAAUUGCCCUUGUAAUAGUUUCAUUCCAUUUUCUGACUCUUGAGUAAAGAGAGCAGAGUGGUUUCAUGUGGUUGCUCAGUCAGCUGUGUUUGGAAGAUUCAUAGCAAAUUAGUCCUACUUAUAUCCUAAAACGAUAAAACUUACAGGGAGGGUAAAUACUUUCCAUAGGUAUUGUACGUAGCGCACCUGUCACUCCAAUGUCCCUGUGGCAGCCGGGGGUCCUGGAGCACUCUGUAGGCUGUGUAGCACGGACGCUCUAAAACAAGGGAGACUCCUAUCCAUCGCUGACAAGUCCAGACUAUUCCUCUGAACGUUACGUCUACAAAUCAUUAGAUGAGGAGUUGGAGGUUGUGUCUGUGUGGUGAUUUUGUUUUUUGCACCAUGGUGCUCAGUGCCUGCAGCAGCAAUUCAUCAAGUGAAAAGACAAAAAAACAUUUAAUUUCAGCUCUUUUAAGCUUUACUCAUCAAUCACCAGAUGCUUUACUUCAUGGAUAAAUCCAUUAACCUGUUGUACAUAUUUUUUGUAGGCGUAACAACUUCUCCAUUCUAACUGUGCAUCUGUAGCCUCCAGAGAUCCCAGUGAAAGACAGUAUUACUGAAGUUACCGUCAUGGACUCCUCUGACUGACGCUCUGUGAAAUAAGAUUACAUAAAGCCCUUUUUGUCCUACAGUAGACAGCUGAUUUAAAAAAAAAAAAAAAAAAAGGUUCCAAUGCUUUAUUGAUAAACUCAAUCUGUACAUAAAGCUGAAGGAGCAAAUCAGUUUUUAAAUCUCAUUCAUCAACUCAAGCUUCUACAUAAUCAGCACUUGUUUGUCCUGCAGUGGUUGGAAAAAGCCACUCAAGUUACUUAAAAGAGAAUAACCGUUGAAGAGAGAGAGAGAGAGAGAUAUAUAUAUAUAUAUAUAUAUAUAUAUAAAUUCUCUUUUAUUGAAUUGCAGAAGCAGUGCACUGGAUUCUAAGCCAUUAAUAGGAGAGUGAAAGUGAGCGUUUGGGUUGCCGCUGUGUCCUCAAAGACAUUUUUUUCAACGUCAGAAAAGUUCAGUGUUUGUAAAGAUCUGGGGUUCCAGCAGAAACAAGAGUUUGCUUGACCUGAAGCUGAAUGUAUUUCAUUUAACAUUUCCUGCAACUUAUUAUCCUUCCACAGCCCUGAAAUCAUGAACAUCCUGCUCCAGACUUUUCAAAAAAAUGUUUAAGACCUGCCUAGGAACCCUGCAGAUCGCUGAUCUGUCGUCUUCAGAAGGCCUCAACUGUUUGUGCGUCUAUAAACAGAUCGCUGCUGCAGCCCAUCUCUUUCUGCUCUGGAUUGUGCUCUCCUUUAGCAACACGGACCUGGAAAAAAAUAUAAGAAUGUAUUCCUCCUGUUUCUGUUAAAAUCUGCAGAAUGUGUGUUUUGUUUCUGGCUAGACUAAUCACCAAAAACCACCCUGUCAUGUCAAAAUGCUCUGUACAGUAAUCAUUUUGCAUUAUGGCAAUUUCUCCAUCUUUAAUCAUGCUAAUAUAAAACCAGAAGGGGCUACACAAAAAAAUUACUGUUAAUACAGUACGAGGUUUUGGUAAAGCAUUUUGUCGGAGAUAAACAAUCUCGUCAUCACAAGUGAGAAUCAGACAAUCACAUGAAAAUCUGCAGACGAGCCGACGCUUCGGCGAGUUUAAAUUUAGACCCGUAGCUGUUCUGUAUUCGUUUAUUACUCAAUUUGAAGUAUUUUAGAAGCUACUGUAGCAAAGUUAGUGAAGCCGAUUAAAUGUUCAGUAAAGACUGAAUGAGAGGUCAAAGGUCACCAGUUCUGGGUAAUUUACUGUGAUCAUACCAGAGUUGGUGUAUCUCAAUCACUGUGUCUUCACUAUGUGACGUUCAUCAGCCGCCGCCGGCAGUUCUGUUUUUAUAAAUUAGCAUUAAUGAAGAGGAGACAUGAGGAUUUAUUUUUUUGACUUCCUGUUUUCUGUUAUGUUUGAUUUUGGCGUUAUCUGACGUGUGCAAUAUGUCCUAAAUCCAAAAGAAAAAGGUGCAAUUUGUUUGAUUUAAAAAGUAGCAAUUUUUUUCGUAUUCAGUUGUAAGAUGUUACUAUCCAAACUUAACACUGCAUGCAAACAAGCUUGAAACGGUGAAGAGAGCAAAUCAACUUUGCAUUUUAAGAGUUAUAUCUUCUAGUUUAUGGAUGAAAC